CCACCGCACCCGAUGCAAUGUCUUACGUCUGCCCUCGCGCUACGAACCAAAGUUUCAUUCAAACGAGCGCGGCCGGCGGGUUUGAGCGCCGCAAUCAUUGGCCGAAGUCGUCCGUAGCGCGCCGUAUUAUGGUAAUAUAAAUUGACCAACCGCGGAGCAAAUUCGGUUAGUUCGUUAAAGUUGAUUAAAGCCAUUUAACCGGGACGGACACGACGAUACGAACGGCGCGAGCGUCGAUCCCAAGAGUUCGCUUAAAUGAGCUAAAUUGUUUAAUAUCGGUGUGUCGAUAACUAAGUCGCGAUCCGAGGUCGGGCGGGCGCGGCUAGCGACAGUGAAGCCAGCGGCCAGCACAGCCGCAGAAGAAGAGCGCGCAGCCGCCGCGACGGAGCCGAGCGAGGUGGGCGCGGAGGUAGCGGGUCCGCACCCGCCCGCCGCCGAAGGCUACAUGUACGUGUGCGGGGACAGCGCCGGCGGCGCGCGCUAUGAGUGCGCCUUCGAGCCCUCCGGAGGACCCGGCAUGGACCAGCCAACCUUCGAGGAGCACAUGUUCGGCGAUUUCAGCAAGGAGCGCCAUGUUCAGGUGGUGGUGGGAGCGGGCGGCGAGCUGCAGUACCGGGACGAGCUGCCUGUGUUCGCGGCCACAAGCGACCAGAAGAGAAAAGAGGAGCCGUUGCUACUGCAGGCGGUGGACGGCGCGCAGCCGCAGCAUUCGGCGCACCCCCCGCCGCACCCCCAGCCCCCGCCCCCGCCACCGCCGGCCACCAAGAAGAGUGAAAAAAAGAAGGGCGACAAUAAUGGCAUAAAGAAAAAGAAAACGAGAACUACAUUUACCGCGUACCAGCUGGAAGAACUAGAGCGAGCGUUCGAACGAGCACCUUACCCGGAUGUCUUCGCCAGGGAGGAGUUGGCUCUUAAGCUCAAUUUAUCGGAAUCUCGUGUACAGGUAUGGUUCCAAAAUAGAAGAGCAAAAUGGCGUAAACGGGAACCUCCGAGAAAAACUGGAUACAUCGGCUCCAGUUCACCAAGUUCGACAACUCUGGGCGGCGGCUUCUCCGGUAUCGGUGGGAAUUUGCCAGCGUUUCCGCAGAACGGUAUACCUGCUCCCGCUGACUCAUGGUCCUACCAGCACACAUACGAGCUGUCGCCGCACCACUUGCUGUCGUCCGGCGGCUCCGGCUAUCCAGGGUUCAACUCUCAACCCGCGGCCUAUUCUUACACGACCGUACUCAAUGGACACGAUGGGCAAAUGUUCGCUCCGAGACAUUACGAGUACGGUGAGGGUAGUCCGCCUCCGCUGGGCGUGCGCGACUACCCGAUGAUAGCGGCCCACUCCCCGCAGAUGGAGGGUCAUGGCCACGAUGAUAAGCUGGAGUACCGCGCGCACGAGCAUGAGGACAAGUACUCGGCGUGUGCGAUGCAGGAGGAGCCGCCGCGCUACGCCCCACCUCCCGAGGACUACGAGAAAUGCGGAAUGGUGCACCACGACAAACACUACGAGAUGGACCGGCACGCGGACCUCGCGCCCCCUGUCGUUGUCAAAAUGGAACCCAGCCCCGGACAAGGUUACACAUCUCUGCCCCCUUUUUUGAACUGAAAUACUCCUUUUCGAAAUUAACCUAGUGUCGGGAAUAAUUUCGAAAAGGAGUAUUCGAUGACAGAAUAUUUACGAUUAAGUAAUCAUAAUAUAUGAUUACAUGAAAUAAGGAAAGCAAUAUCGUUUAAAUAUAACAAACAAAAUGAUGAAAGUUGUCGAGAUGUCUGUAAAUCUUUGUCACUAAAAGUUAUAGUUAUUGUAAAAGCUCAAAAAACGCGCAAGUUAUAAAAUUAGCUUAUGAAAGUUAUUAAUGAAUGAAAGAAAUGAAUGGAACUUAAGGAUGGGUCUCGUGUCUACGCAUUUUGUAAUAUAAGUUUUAUACCCAAUUAAACGUACACAUUAAAAUAUUAUUAAGAAUUGUCUAGUAAGAAGAUAUUAAGCAUUAUCUAGUUUUCAAA